AUGAUUAUACAAUGUAUUCAAUAUGGUAGAAGAGAAAUAUUAUUUGAUAUCAUUGAUGAUGUUGGAGAUUCAUUAUUAUCUUAUUUAAAGGCAUCUAAUGAACCUAUCAAGCUAAAAGUUGAAGGGAAUCUAAAGAAUCAAAUAAUCGACAAUAUUAUUGUUGAUUUGGCAAAGAAACUUUCCAUUCCACAAUUUAAAGAAAUAUUUUUACGAGGAUCCUCUACACAAUUCCUUUUCUAUUAUAUGGAUAGUUUAAUUGCAAUACUAGAAAAAGAGAUAUUUCAUAGGAUAUAUUCAGAUAAAUUUAGUGAUUAUAUAGAUAUACUAGAACAUUUCACAGAUGAACAAAUUCAUAUUCGUUAUCAAAGUUUGGUACAAUACGAAGAGAAAUACCAUAAAAAGAUUAAAAUGACUGACACAACUUUGAAAUCGUAUUUCUCUCAUCCACCAAAUACCGAUCUAUACACAACCACCCUAUGGUACAAAGCUAUGUUUAUUCACAACUAUAGUGUAAAUUUGAAUUUUAUAAUUCUUUAUUUAUUGGAUGGUUGUGGAUUUUCAAGUAUUUGUCAGUAUGGUCGUUUAGAGUUGGUUCAACAAUCAUUAAAAAUAUUAAAACAACAUCCUAGAGGAUUCGUGGAACAUUACCCUAAAGUACAAAGAAUCAAUUUUCUAUCAAAAGACAUUGAGGUUUUGGAAUUUUUAAGGACCGAGGUAUUUAGUUUCGAUUCACUCUUAAACCAUGAUCCCGACAAGAUUGAUUUAUCUCCAAUCGAUAUUAGCGAUAUUAAUCUGGAUUUUAGAGUAAUCAAAUUCUUUGCUGAUAAUGCUAGAUUUUUAUCAAUAUUAUUCAAGGUGACCAACGCCGUCCUCAUUUCAUUAUUGUGGGAUAUUACUUAA